GUAAUUUUUGCCAAUGUCGUUAGACACAAUAGCUAACGAUAGAGCAAGCUAUCUGUCGCGCUAGCUGCGUUAGCUGGGCUGGACAGUUGUAGCUAACGUUAGCUAGAAAGCUGUUGUUUUCCAGGUACUGCUUUGGACUGCGAGCUAGCUACCCCUUGAGCGAAAUGAUCUGACUGGAUAGGUAGCUUAACCACCUAGAUAUUAUAGCAAGUUGGCUAGACCAUAACAAAUAAACGGAGUAGCUAGCUAGCUAGCGUAUGGCUGCAAAAACUAUUUUAGGUUCCAUGCGAAGUAAAGGUGGUGCCUGGCAUUGUCUGAAAUAUUACGGGACAAACCGUCUUCAAAAAACUUCGCUACUAACCAAAUUUCUAUUCAUGACUGCCCUCUCCGACUCUGAGCCGGGAAGAAAGAGACUGAGGUUAGACGUUGACAUCCGUUCACCUGCCACUACAAAGAAACCAUCGAAGCCGGUGCUGUUGAAGGGGGUGCAGAGGCAGAGUGAACUGAACAGAACGGCCGUGGACAAUCAUAUCAAAGAUACGAAGCAGAGGACAGCUCAUGCUUUCACUGUGAGAAUGGAGGAUAUGGCAAUGGACACAGAAAAAGUGAAAAACGAUGACCAGGCAAGUAAAGAGGAGAAGCUGGAUCCAUUCCGAAGUGUUGGCAUUUCAGAAAAUGCCAACAUGGAGGUGGUGAACACUGCGGGACUGCAGGGCACCUCUCCCGAGGGAGGUUCUGGCAUUGGAGCAAAAUCCGGCAACCAGCAGAACUGUCCAGGUGAACAGAGGGCCAAGAAGCCGAACACGCUCGAGCAGUGGCUAGUGAAGGCGCCCAGCACGCCCGCGGAGGUGGCUGAGGUUAACGCCAGCGUGAGCCUUAGUGAUGAGCCAGGAGCUGUAGAUGUGGAGAUGCGGAGUCCCGAGAACUCCCCGUGCACCUCUCCGCAGUGCGCGGGCACCGAAGACCAGGCCCAGGCCCAGGCUUGCGCCCAAACUGAGGAGCCCUCCUCCGUAAUGGAGAACGAGCCUUCAGUUGACACCUGUGCUGAAGACCCCAAGUCCCCGGUCCAGGAAGCCAAAGACGACGGGGCAGCGGAGGCCAAGGAUGCCGGCGAUCCUGACAAGCGCACGACAGCCGGCCCGGCUCCAGCGAUGUCAAAGGGCUCCGCCAAGCGCAAUUCCAAAAUCACAGAGUUCUUUCGAAGAUGUCAGUCCCAAUCCCCAGCAGAAAGUGUGCAGGCCUCAGCGGAGGGGCGAGAUGGGGGCAGGGUGGCCCCCACGGCCACCGCCAAGUGGCUGGGGACCCCAAUAGACGAGCUGAAGAGGAUGCCACAGUGUGGCCAGCCCCUGCCACACCUUAAGGCGAUGUACAGCCACACUGUCAUGAUAAGGACAGACCUGCUGAGAGAGGGAGAGGUUCUUGUUCCAUACCCGACCAAGUUUAAAGACGCCUGGGACGAUCUGUCCGUGAAGAUGCCCUGUUCAGAAAAGAACCUCUUCCCCCUGGAAAGCGAGGAAGGCGGUGGGGUGCAGAGUCGAUGGGAACUGAUUCAGAAAGCUCUGAAAAGUAAAUUCAGUAGCUCACAUGAGGUGAAAGAAGUGAUAUUAAGAUACAAUACGUCUCACGCAAAGAGAUGGGACUUUUCAGCACUGCAAACUCUCUGCACCAAGGUUCUGGAGCCUCCCGCCGCGGAGCGUCUGUUUCGGUCCAUCCUGCCAGACAUGGCGCAAUUAGCGCUGAGCGCGAGCAGGCUGUGCACCCAGCCAAUACCUCUCCUUAAGCAGAAGAUGAAUCACUCCAUUACGAUGUCACAAGAACAAAUCGCCUGCCUGCUGGCCAAUGCCUUCUUCUGCACCUUCCCACGCCGCAACUCCAGGAAGUCCGAGUACUCAAACUACCCAGAAAUCAAUUUCUGCAGGCUGUUUGAAUUAUCCUCGCCCAAGAAGAUAGAAAAACUCAAAACACUUCUGUGCUAUUUUGAAAAAGUCACACAGAAAAGACCCACUGGCCUUGUAACGUUUACAAGACAAAGUCUGACCAGUUUUCCAAAAUGGGAAAGUUCUAAGACCCAGCUCUCAAAGCUCCACAUCACAUGUGAAGGCACUAUCGAAGAUCAGGGUCAUGGCAUGCUCCAGGUGGACUUUGCCAACAGGAUGGUGGGAGGAGGGGUGACCGGGUCAGGUCUGGUCCAGGAGGAGAUCCGCUUCAUAAUCAACCCCGAGCUCAUCGUCUCACGCCUCUUCACCGAAGCCCUGGAUCACAACGAGUGCCUGAUCAUCACAGGCACGGAGCAGUACAGUAAAUACACUGGCUACGCAGAGAGCUACAAAUGGGCUGGACACCACUGCGAUGAGACACCGAGAGAUGAUUGGCAGAGAAGAUGCACAGAGAUUGUGGCUAUAGAUGCAUUCAAGUUCAGGAACUUCAUGGAGCAAUUUCAGCCAGAGAAAAUGAACAGAGAACUCAACAAGGCCUACUGUGGCUUUGUGCGCCCUGGGAUGAAGAGCGAGAACCUCUCUGCUGUGGCCACAGGGAACUGGGGCUGUGGCGUGUUUGGGGGAGACACCCGAUUAAAAGCUCUGCUGCAGAUGCUGGCAGCUGCAGAGGCCGGCCGAGACGUCGCCUACUUCACCUUCGGCGACAGCGAUCUCAUGAGGGAUGUCCAUGACAUGCACUCUUUCCUCACUCAGAGGCGCAUAAGUGUUGGGCAGGUGUACGGUAUUCUGGAGCAAUAUUACAGCACCGUGUGCAGGAGCUGCACCACCCCGCGCCCCAACGUCAGCCUCUACGGUUUCAUCUUCGAGAGAGUCCUCGCCUCUUCCCCGUCCCCCGACAGAGAGGGAGGCACCAGCCGGCCGGCUCACCCUGCAGACCUCCAUUAAUGCCAGCCAGCCAGUGACUCGCCCCCCCUCCCCAUAGUACAUGCCUCUGCUAUAAACGACCGCUCCUGUUGCUUAUGUCAGAUUUAUUUUUGUAUGAUUCUGGAACCUUAGAAUAACACACCCAUAUUGAACCCCCCCCACCCCC